UUUCCAAAACCGAAAAAGCAAGAAGAGCUGGCUGUGAAUUAAACAGUGUGGGAGACCCCUCUCCCAACUUAAUAUCUUGAAGAUCAAAAGACACGCAUAUGUCUGCUCCAAGAUGGACAGCAUUGAGCGAAAUGGCCUUCCUCACAUCAGGCAGCCUUAUCUCGCUGUUGCUCUGGACGAAGCACAGCUGGAUGUCCUCGGACAACGGGUAGAAAAGAAGACCUUGUCAUGUUUGGAGAGGGUGAAGGCACACUGUUGGUGUUCUGGUCCCAGGUUGAAAAGCUUUCUGCUGGGCUUUUUUCCUGUCCUGUCAUGGCUACCUCGCUACUCCAUCAGAGAAAACGCCAUUGGAGAUCUGGUGUCUGGAGUCAGUGUUGGGAUGAUACAUCUGCCACAGGGUAUGGCCACUGCCAUGUUGGUGGGAGUUCCACCAGUGUGUGGUCUCUACACCUCUAUGUAUCCUCUCAUCAUCUACUUCGUCUUCGGCACCUCCAGACACCUCUCCAUUGGUACUUUUGCCGUCCUGGCCAUCAUGAUUGGGUCUGUGACAGCUAACGUGGAGUUGCCUAGCAACGGUGGUGAAGAGAGUCAGAUUGAUGUGGAAGCCGCCAAACUGAACGUGGCUGUACAGCUCACCUUCAUCUGUGGCCUCAUACAGCUUGUGGUGUACCUGCUGCGUGGAGGCGGCGUGUGUCGCUUUCUGUCUGAUCCUGUAAUCAGAGGCUACACCACAGCGGCAGCUCUGCAUGUCGUCGUUCUGCAGCUGCCACUACUGACUGGAAUACCUGCACAGAAACACACUGGACUGCUGGCUUCAGUUUGGACUUUAAGGGAUGUUCUGUACGGAGUAACCAGCGCUGUACCAGGAACGCUGUCAGUCUCUGUGGUUUCCAUGGUGAUACUCAUUGGAGGCAAAUCGCUGAAUGAGCGCUUUAAGAACAAGCUGCCUAUGGCCAUACCAUGGGAACUUAUACUGAUUGUCCUGGGCACCAUCCUGUCAGUGCAGAUGGAUCUGGUUGGACAGCACACAGUCCAGGUGGUGGGACACAUACCCAGUGGCCUGUCUUCUCCAGUCCUUCCCUCUCUCUCUCAGGCCAGAGAGCUGUUCAUUCCAGCUCUGUCUACAGCUCUAGUCAGCUUCAGUUUCCUCACAGCAAUAGGCUCCGUGUUCGCCAACAAACACGGCUAUCACGUGGACUCCAAUCAGGACCUGCUGGCUCUGGGUCUGUGUAACACCAUAGGAGGGAUGUUCCAGUGCUUCGCUGUCAGCUGCUCCUUCUCUCGCAGUACUGUCCAGGAUAGCAUUGGUGCCAAAACACAGAUUGCCGGUUUGGUCUCAGCUCUGGUGAUGCUCACCAUCCUGUUGGAGAUCGGUCACCUCUUUGAGCAGCUGCCAAAGGCAGUGUUGGCAGUGAUUAUCGUGGUGAACCUGCAAGGGAUACUGGCUCAGUCCAAAGAUGUGUGUGUGCUCUGGAAGUCUGACAGAUUAGACCUGCUGGUGUGGGUGACCUCGCUAGUUUCCACGCUGGUCUUUAACCUGGAUCUGGGUCUGGCUGUGGCUAUCGUCGUCUCUCUGCUCAUACUCAUCUAUAGGACACAACACUCCUCCACUGUUGUUUUUGGUCAUAUUCCUGGUACAGACUGUUACAGAGACGUGGGACUCUACAUUGAGGCAAAGCAAGUUCCUGGUGUGACUGUACUCUCCUGUUCCAGUCCUAUUUACUUUGCCAACUCUGAACUGCUCUUCACACAGAUCAGACAGACAGCGAGUCGUGAACAGAAGGAGAACCCAGCUGCUGGAGUCCACACCUCGAACACUUCCUCCUCCUGCUUAGCCAAGGCAUGGACACACACUCAUUGCUUGGUUCUGGACUUCAGCUCAGUCACCUUCAUGGACUCUGUGGCCAUGCCAGCACUUUGCAAGGUUGUAGAAGACUUGGAAGUCCAGGGUGUCGGAGUGUUUCUGGCAGCGUGCCCAGAAAGAGUGUUAUGUCAGCUCCAGACUCAGGGUUGUAUACCAAACAGCCUGCACAGCUCCUGUCUCUUCCCAUCAGUCCAUCAUGCUGUCCAGCACUGCCUCAGCACCCUGCCCAGGCCUCUGGAGGAUAUCACCCCAGAUGCAAAUGACUGUUGAACCUCCAUGACUGCUACUUUUGAAUGUUACCAACAGGACAGUUUUCUCACUGUAACAAGAUGACAGAAAGAAGAGGGGUGACAGACAGACCAAAUACAGCUUCAUUUUAUUUUGAAAGAAAGCCAUUAUCACCUUUCACACUGUGUAUAUACGUCCACUUCUCACACAUUUCCAGACAAUAAAUAUAAUUGUUCCUCAAUUUGCACCAUUAUU